CGUGUUGGACUAUAAACAACCAGGUUUUAUAUUAAGUUUUACAUUAAGCCACUUUAUCAGUAAAGUAGUCAUUUUUUCAAGACAACAAAAUGAGGAAAGCUAGACCAGGACCCUCCUCCAUGGAGUUCCUGGACUCUUCAAGGCUCCAGAAGAAUCGUCCCUCUAAACACUUCUCUAUUGGAGACGAGAUUGAGGAGGAAAUUAACGAGGAGAUCAUUGAGGAGAAAACAAUAGUGAAGGUUCAGGAGGAGCCCUCCGUCUGCAGCAGCAGAGAAAGUUAUCGCUCUGGCUGCAGCAGCAGAGAAAGUUACCGCUCCGGCUACAGCAGCAGAGAAAGUUACCGCUCCGGCUACAGCAGCAGAGAAAGUUACCGCUCCGGCUACAGCAGCAGAGAAAGUUAUCGCUCUGGCUGCAGCAGCAGAAAAAGUGACCGCUCCACUCCCUUCAAUGAAGUAAGAAAUAAGAUCAGUGAUAAUCCACAUAUUUCAAGAGAUAACAUUAAAAAGACUGCAGAUGGACAACAAGCGGAAGAGGAAUAUGAGAGAUCAAAGAAGUCAGCUGGUCUUCAGAAAGCCCUCAAAGAGGAGAGAAGAGCCAACGCUGAACUUGAAGAGGCCUUGAAGAAGGAAAAAGCUGCUAAGGCUCAAGAGAAAAAAGCCCGGAAGCAAGCGCAAAGAGAAAACGACGCUCUUGCAAAGGUUAUGAAGGAGGAGAAAGCUAAAAGAAACAGCCUUCGUGUUGAAAUGGAGUACAUGAGGGGACAAGUGACUGAACUCAAGAAGUCACAGAAAGAGCAACAACGGAGCAAAGCCAAGAUGAAAGUCACAAUGAGUGAAAUGACAGCUGCGCUCGAGGAGGACAAGAAGCAGAUUGAGAAGCUCAAGGAGGAUCUGGAGGCAUCGUCUUGCCAGCACAAAAAAGAAAUCACAGAGAUGGAGAAAGUUAACUGUGCUGAAAUCACGGCACUAAAAGAGCGCCUCAUCGAGCUGCAGGAGGAACGUCUGGAGAGAGACAAUGAGAUUAAAUCCCUCCACUUCAAUCUGCAGAAUCUUCACAGUGAGAUUGAAACCAAAGACAACAUUUUGUCGUCACUUGAGGAGAAAGUGAAUCAGUCGGCCUCAGACCUCAAACAGGAACGGGCAAAAAACUGUUCACUCCAGAGCGACUAUAAGGCUGCUGUCUCCCAGCAGCAGAAGCAAGCAGAAGAACUGGACCGUCUGACUCAUGAGAAGCAACAACUUACUUCUGACAACAAAAGGCUGCAAAGUGAACUUGAGGCAGCUUUAAGUGAGCGGCAGCUUGACAAGAAACAGCUUCAGGAAGACAGAGAGGCUCGAAACAGACUUGAGGAGGCGGUUAAGAAAGAAAAGGCUCGCUUCUCCAGAGCAUCUAAAAAGAUCCAGCUCCUGGAGGACGAGCUCUCUGAAGAGACUCUGGCUUUGGAAAAGAGCCAGACCUCUGAAAAAUUCCUCAAGUCAACACUGGAAAGUGAAAGGGAGCGCUUUGACAAGAUGGAUGAUCUGAUGUACGACCUGCAGACUCUCAGGAAGGAGAAUGCAGACAUCAAAGCUAAAUUCAGCAUUAUGGAGAAAGACUACAGCACCAUAACAUCCAAACACAGCUCUCUCUCUGAGCAACACCAAGGGAUGAUGUCCAAGAACAAUGACGUGAUCUCUGAGAAUCAGGUCACCAUCACGAAGCUCCAGUGCAUGGCAGACGCGCUCAAAGAUCAGCUGUCAGAGAGCAAGAAAAGCCAGGCAGAAGCUGAAGAUGCCUUGAACCAGGACAGGACAAAAACCUCAGAGCUGCAGCAGAGAGUGGAUCAGCUCACCUCUGCUCUGGAAAAACAAAGGACCAGGAGUGAGAAGUAUCGUGUCGAGCUCAAGGAAGCUUUGACCGUACAGAUGGAGACAUUGGAGGAAAAGCACAGAUUGUUCCUGUCUCUGCAGAAAGCACAGGACGACUUCUCCAGGCUUCAUGCAGUUUCUGAGCCUUUUGUGGCCCAACUCAACUCAACUCGACCCAACUUUAUUUGUACAGCACUUUAAAACAACUACAGCCACAACAAAGUGCUGUACAUAAACAUGAUUCAUUGCUUUUUAAAAGACAAAAAAA